AUGGUGAAAAUGGGUGUUGAGUUCCUCGGAACAGUACUCGUGGUUUUGGCUUUGGCUUCCUCAUUGGCCUCUGCCGCAGACCCAAACCCCCUUCAGGAUUUCUGUGUUGCCAUUAACAACACCAAGGAUGCUGUGUUUGUGAACGGUAAAUUCUGCAAGGAUCCAAAACUAACAGUGCCCGAUGAUUUUUUCAUAUCCGGAAUCCAAAUACUUGGAAAUACCUCGAACCCACUAGGAUCAAAAGUCACCAAGUUCAACAUUGACACCGUCCUGGGGGUCAACACUCUAGGCAUCUCCAUCGCUCGUGUUGACUAUGCUCCUGGUGGUGUCAACCCGCCGCACCUCCACCCCCGUGCAUCGGAGCUACUAGUGGUGGCAAGGGGCACUCUCUACGCUGGCUUUGUCACCACCAACCCCGACAACCGCCUCUUCAGCAAGGUCCUCCACGAGGGAGACGCCUUCGUGUUCCCAAUGGGUCUCAUUCACUUCCAGCUCAAUCAAGGUGAGACCAAUGCAGUGGCCUUGGCCAGCUUUGGCAGCCAGAAUGCGGGCGUCAUUACCGUCCCUAAUGCUGUCUUCGGGUCAAAUCCGCGCAUUAAUCCAGAUGUUCUUGCCAAAGCAUUCCAACUGGAUAAGAAGGAAGUUAAACAUCUUGAAGAACUUUCAUGGUUCCAGAACGCCCCCUAG